AUGGCUUCAAUUACCCACUGCACCAACUUCAUAUGCAAACCCUCAACCCCUCCUUCUAUCACAACCCUCCCUAAGUUCCUUCCCCUUCACUCCCUUCGUUCUUCUCUACCAAUUUUUCAUCCUCCAUCGCUACUCUCUCACCUCAAGACUCGUGUUGUUAUCACAAAAGCCACAACAGCACCAGGUGCAAAGAAAAAAGAUGAACGAGUUCAAAAAGUCCACAGCAUAGAAGAAUUCGACCAAGCACUUGAAUCAGCAAAGGACAAACUCGUAGUAGUCGAAUACGCCACCAAAGAAAAUCCAGAAAGCACCGAGAUAUACCCUUUCUUAGUCGACCUCAGUCGAACCUGCAACGACGUUGAGUUCAUCUUCGUCAUGGGAGACGAGUCAGAGAAAACAAAAGAACUCUGCAAAAGAGAAAAAGUAGACAAAGUACCUCACUUCACUUUCUACAAAAGCAAAGUAAAAAUCCACGAAGAAGAAGCUAUUGGACCUGAUAUGCUGGUCGGAGAUGUGCUAUACUACGGUGACAACCAUUCAGCUGUGGUGCAACUUCAUAACAGAGAAGACGUUGAGAAACUUAUUGAAGAUCAUAAGGUUGACCAUAAGCUUAUCGUACUUGAUGUUGGAUUGAAACAUUGUGGUCCUUGUGUUAAGGUUUAUCCGACAGUGAUAAAGCUGUCGCGACAAAUGAUUGAUACGGUUGUUUUUGCGAGGAUGAAUGGUGAUGAGAAUGAAAGCUGUAUGCAGUUUUUGGGGGACAUGAAAGUGAUUCAAGUUCCUACGUUUUUGUUCAUAAGAGAUGGGGAGAUUUGUGGAAGGUAUGUUGGUUCAGGGAAAGGGGAGCUUAUUGGUGAAAUUCUUAGGUACCAAGGGGUACGUGUUACUUAUUAA